UUGCGCACGCUUGCGCACUGUUGUUUAAGCUUUCGCGCGCGUAAUCUUGAUCGCGAGACAUUGGCAUUAAUGACCUGCUAACACACCGGGAAGCGAGCCUCCCCCAUGCCGAACAGUGAUGUUUGUUUAAAAUUAGUUAAUGGCUUGAGGUGCAACAUAUCGGUGGCAGUUUGUAAACAGUCACGCGUGUUAUUCGUUUCCGAUUUCGAUAACGAUUGGUUAUACAAGAAAGGAUCAGCAUUAAGUGAACCAUGUCGCGAGAUUUGAACUUAGUUACGUUUAGAGCUGGCAGCUAGAAGCAUAGUUUCCUUAGCUGAUGUUGUCCAUCUGGAUGAUUCAUAUGUCAGCGUGCUUCUCAAGAUUGGAGGGAAGGUGAUUCAUAGUGGUUCUAGUUUUGGCAAUAUCAUUCGAUAAGGAAAGAAACCAAAUUCAGUUAUCGUUGAUAAUGAGACCAAUCACAACGAUUCGCGUAGUAAUUCCCACUUUCAAAAGAUAAGCUUCAAGUGUGUAUCGCAGAGAGCGGCUGCGGACCAAACAAAGGAUAACUCAUCGUUAUUCAGCACUCGACCAUUAGGUUAAAUGGGUAUCAGCCAUGGACAGCGAAGGCAGCAGUAAGUCCACCGCGAGUAUAAAUGAUGACGGGGAAGGCUCACCACUGUUGGCGAGAUCGAGUAGUGGUUCCAGUUCGGCGAGUAGUGAUGCAGCGCGGAUCAGCAAAAAACGACAAUGUAUUUCGUUGGAACCUGUAGCAGUGGCGCUUUGCUUCGGUUGGAGCGUUUCAGGCAUUGUGCUAUCCAAUCAGCUCAUCCAUCAGACUUGCCUAUAUAUGGGAUACAAUGCGAGCUCGUGUGCAUCGUUGGGGACCAAUUCCAAUUCGAGUGAUGCGAAAGAAUUGGAAAAUAUGGUGCAGCCAACGGUAGCAGAAAUCACUAUGGCCUGUAGCAUUAUCACAUCGGUGAUUCCAGCGUUAUGUGGACUAUUUUUGGGUCCUUGGUCGGAUAAGUUUGGAAGGAAACCUGUGAUGAUCAUGCCUUGUGUAGGUUACAUAAUCACCUACGUCAUCAAAACCAUCAUAUGCCUAAUAUCCUCCCGUACCCCCCUAAACCCUUGGUUGUACGUAAUUGCCUACAUCCCAGCUGCCGUUUGCGGUGGAACUACGGUUUUGAUGGCCGGCAUGUUUAGCUACCUUGCAGAUGUAAGCAGCGAGGCAAAUCGUGCCAUCCGUAUGGGCAUUCUACAAGGUUCUACCCUAGGAGGAGCCUUCAUCGGGAUGUUGUCCAGCAGUUUUAUCCUUCAGUGGACCAGCACCGCAACGGUGUUCAUGAUUUCUGGAAUCAUGAUGCUUUUCGGUAUGGGUUAUGUAGUACUCCUGAUCGAAGACAGUGUGGAUAGUUCAACGGUUACUGCUUCCAUGGGUAGAUGCCGCACGCUGCGAGAGAUCUUCCGGUUGGAUCUGGUAAUGGAUAUAUUCAACACAUUUUUCAAGGCUCGCUCCGGGUACGAUCGCGGUAUCAUUUGGUUGACGGUGCUAAUCGGCGCAUUCACGGUGCUAGGAUCCGGUGGAAGUAAUAUAUUCUACUUAUUCACACGAAGCAAAUUCAACUGGACGCUGGAACAGUACACGAUAUGGCAAUCGGCGGACCUGUUGUCCAUCAUCACAGGAAACUUCUUGGGAAUCAUUAUUCUGAAGAAAGUGUUCAAACUGCCGGACAUUGCGAUUGCCUUCGUUUCAGUGCUGUGUUUUACCGGGGAUAGUUUUAUCAAGGGAUUGGCCAGCCAGGGAUGGCAACUGUACUUAGCAACGGGACUAACGCCCCUCAAAGGAACUGAGGGGGCCGCACUGAUGACGCUGUCAUCUGGAAUACUUCCGUCGCAUGACAUUGCUAAGGUGUACUCGAUGGCAAUGUCACUGACGUCGGCAGUUUCAUUGGCCGCCGCACCACUUUUUACGUACAUCUACAGCCAAACAAUAGCGACUGCUCCGGAAGUUUUCAAUUUUGUUGCGUCCGGAAUCUUUUCCGUAAACAUUCUGUUUGUUGGAAUUAUUCAUAUUUUUAUGAAGAAGCGGCAACUCCAUCAACGAAUUCACUCCCUAGAGGAACACGACAGUGAAGUGCAAGCUUAAUUACUUCGAUCUGUGAUUAUUUAAUAUAAGUAUGUAUGAUAAAUUAAAUUAUGCCGAUUUUCAAAUAUAAACUACGUAAAG